CUCUAUUUUCAAAGAAAUUAGCAUUUAAGGUUCAAACCUCUAUCCUGUAUUCCCCAUUUUUCUGCUUUUCUUGAUUUUCUAGAUCUGUGUUUAAUCUCCAGUGCUCAGCUCCACACUUCUCUGAAUGGAAGAGAAGAACUCCACCCCAAUCAACAUGUUUAUCUUGUUAGGAUUCCCAAGCCUAAUGGAAGUGAAUGUAUUGUUCUUCAUAGUGUUGCUGCUGACGUACAUUGUAACUCUUGUGGAAAAUGUGGUCAUCAUUUCCUUGAUCAAAGCAAACCAUGAACUCUGCAAACCCAUGUAUUUCUUUCUGGGUCAACUAUCUUUCAUUGAGGUCUGGUACAUCUCCGUCACUAUCCCCAAACUCUUGGCAAAUUUCAUUGCUGAAGACAGGAGUAUUUCCUUUGUCGGAUGCAUGACCCAACUCUUUUUCUUCAGUUCUUUCAUGUGCACUGAAUGUGUCUUUCUCUCCGCCAUGGCAUAUGAUCGCUAUGUGGCCAUCUGUCAACCACUGCGCUAUCUCUUCAUCAUGACAAACCAAAUGUGCAGAUGCCUGAUAGCUCUCUCCUGGUUCAGUGGGUUCACUGUGUCCUUGAUCAAGAUUUCCUUCAUCUCUCAGUUGGAGUUUUGUGGUUCCUAUGUUAUUAACCAUUUUUUCUGUGAUAUCAGCCCAGUGCUAAACCUUGCCUGCACUGAUUUGUCAGUGGCAGAGACGGUGGACUUUGUGUUGGCCUUAUUCAUCCUGCUUGUUCCCCUCUCCAUCACUGUUGUCUCCUACCUAUUAAUUAUCACAACAAUCUUGCACAUCCCCACCACCCAAAGUAAGAAGAAAGCCUUCUCCACAUGUGCUUCCCACCUAACUGUGGUCAUCAUUUUCUUCUCAUCCACUCUCUUCAUGUAUGCACGACCCAAGAAGAUCUCUUCUUAUGACAUGAAUAAGACUGUAUCUGCUUUGUACGCUAUUGUCACUCCCAUGUUAAACCCCUUCAUUUACUGCCUGAGGAAUCAGGAACUGAAGAGAGCAUUUAAAAAAACUCUUUCUGUAAAAAUCAGUAUUUCUAAGGGUUGCAAAACCAUUUCUUCUCUCCAAAUGUAAGGAUAAACUGUACAUAGACUGGAGCUGAUAAGCAGCACACUGUAAGGAUUCCUGACCAGUGUCAAGUCUAGUCAACCACUGCACCUGAUCACCACAAUCUGUCCUACCUUUCUGUUCAGUAAUUUUCACUCCACAGAAUCACAGAAUGAUUGAGGUUAUAAGGGGUCUCUGGAGUUUAACUAGUCCAACCUCCCCUUACUCAAGAAUGACCAUCCAGAGUCAGUUAUCCAGGACCACAACCAGAUGGCUUUUGAAUAUCGCUGAGGAGGGAGACUCUCUAGGCUAUCUCUUCAGCAAUUCAUCAUUGCUCUGUCACCCACACAGUAAUGAAGUGUUUCCUGAUGUACAGACAGACUCUUCUUUGUUUCAGUUAAUGCUUUUUGCCUAGUUUCCUGUCUCUGGGCAUCACUAGAAAUAGCCUGGCUCUGACUUCUUUGCAUAAUGUCCUGCCUUGAGAUUGGUUGUCUGCAUCCUGCCUCAAGUUUUCACUUUCAUCUGUGCAUAUGCAUAUGUGUGAGUGAUGUGGUAGUGAACGUAAGGUCAUUGAUUAUGACAAGAGGCCAGAAAACCAGAUUCUGGAGUGACAGACGUGUAAGGGCCAAAAACUGGAGCAACCAGAGUGGGGAAACAAGUCACUGGAGAGACCACAACUCCAAAGUCCAGCUAGAAAAUACACCAGGACUCUGCAAGACAGACGCUGAGAAGAUCAGUGGCCUGGGAGACCAUAACUGUAGAGACCCAUGGUCUGGACUGAUAAGCUCACAUAGGGUAUUUUGUCUUACUAAAGAUCCACAUUCACGCUAUCUGAGUUAUGUGAAAGCUUGUAAACAGUGUCCUUCUGUCCAAGCUGAUCCAUUUGUGGCUCUGUGUGUGUGUCUAUGUACAGGCACCGAUUAGGAAUUCAUGGUCAUGUUCACCACUAGCAAGGAAGGGAGAUGGGGAUAAACAGCAGUCAUUCCACUCACUUGCCCAGGACUGCAGGAAAUCCCUAGCUCUUUCAGUGCACUGGAAUGAGCUACUGUUAACACACACUCGACCACAGCUCUCAGAAUCUCUUAACAUUCAACAAAGUUGAAGUUGGCUGUGUGAGAUACAGCAGAUAAAUCAACACCCACUGACUACAGUGCAACAAUGUUCUCAUUAGUUUGAGUACCAUUCUAUGAUUCUGUCAUUCUGAGUCCACAUGUGUUCUACGUGGAAUUUUGUGCUUUUGGGCCUUUCUUUUGAAUUCCAUGUUUUUAAGUUCCAGAUUAUAAUUGUUUGGAAGCUCUAUUUCUAUUCUCAUUUCUGUAGCAAUAAUCAAAAGCUAUGUUAGGUGGUGAAAACUCAAAUCACUUGGCUCUAAGAGGGAGCUGAAAGUCUGAAAACUUACUGAAAACUGAAAAUCACCUUCCUCUCUUGUACUGAACUGAAUAUUUUUAAAAAGUGCAUUCACAUUUCUUUUGUUGUGCUACAUGGUUUUAUACAAGAUGGGACCCAAAAGAAAUCUAUAUAAGCAGUGGUAGUUUAAGCCAGUGUGCAGCUGAGUGCCACACAGUCAUUCACUCACUCUGCCCACAGGGAGACCAGGGAGAGCACUGGAAAAAAGAGUAACUCAUGGGUUGAGAUAAAGACAGUUUAAUAGCACAGAAAAUGAAGGGAAAAUAAUAGUAAUAAAAGUAUAUACAAAAGAAGUGAUAUACAAUACAAUUGUUCUAUCCCCUCACAGCUUCUUCUGCGCUCCCUGCCUCCUCACAGCAAGGCACUACGAGAUGCUGAAAAGUCCUUGACUUAGUGUAAGCACUGCUCGGCAACAACUCAAACAUUGAUACGCUAUCAAUGUUUUUCUCAUCCUAAAUCCAAAACACAGCACCAUGCCAGCUACCAGGAAGAAAAUAAACUCUGUCUCAGCAGAAACCAGAACGGCAGCAUGUCAUUUGCUUACUGACACUUUAUUGCCCAAGAUUCAAGCUACAACAGCUGCUCCAAAAGUAAUGCUUCCUGUUUUAUUUUGUUGGCCCAUGAUGUCAGAGGUGGAUGCUGGUGCCAUGGCAGUAGGUGUUGAACAUUCCCAGUAAUAUUCCAUUAAAUUCUGUUGCCAUGUGACUGAUGGCAGCAAAGGAGCAGUCUGAAAAUAUGGUAUCUGACAUGGAUGUGAAUGUGAAGCAAAAGUGCGUCACUGAAUUCCUCCGUGUGAAAAAAAUGUCCCCUAUUGACAUUCAUUGA